ACGACACACUCAGGCGAUAGUGAAAACAGCCAUCCACGCCCAGUCAGCCACGAGCGCGCCGAUUGCCGCGCCGCCGAAUUCCAUGAAUCUACCUAUCGAUGCCUCAUUCUCGGACGACAACAUGCCAGCGGAUCAUGUAGCCACCAACUUUCCUCCUCAUUGGUCGAUUGAUCUGGGUCACAAGGCCGAUGGCAGCCACAGAGCACACCCAUCUCCUGCAGCACCCCGCGCGCGGAAAGGCCUCGCCCUGGCGCUUCAUCCUUCUGGUUGCAGGUGCCGCCGUUGGCGGGAUUGCUGUUGCUGUCUUCUACAGCAUCCAGUCGAGCGUCACAACGAUUCUUCAUGCCACGCCCAGCGGCGUCAACAAGUCGUACUGCGACCCUAGUGUGCACCACGAGUUUGGCUACAUCAAGCUGCCGCACAAGGUGAACGACCACUACUUCUACUCGUUCUUCGAGUCGCGCAACGAUCCCGCCAACGACCCGCUCGUGCUGUGGCUCGAAGGCGGCCCUGGGUCGUCCUCGACCUGGACGCUGUUCAACAUGAACGGCCCGUGCUUCAUCGGCGACGACCUGAACUCGACCGUGCCAAACCCGCACUCGUGGACCAACCACGCGAACGUGAUCUGGCUCGAUCAGCCCACGGGCGUCGGAUUCUCGUACGGAGACGCUCAAGACGACGACCAGACGGAGGACGACGUUGGUCGCAACGUGUUCGAGUUCUUGCGGGGGUGGUUGAAGGCGCAUCCGUCGUAUGCAUCGCGGCCGUUCUUCGUGACGGGACAGAGCUACGGGGGCCACUACGUCCCUGCCGUCGCGCACUACAUCGUGACCCACCAGGUCGACUUAAUUGGCAUCAACUUGCACGGAAUUGUGAUUGGCAAUGGGUGGAUGGAUGCGACUAUUCAAUGCCCGACGGCCGUCGACAUGGUAGCCUCCGUUGCCAACCAGUACAACAUUUCGCUCGUGUCGGAUGCCGAGAUGGUUCAAAUGAAACAAAAUGUCGAGUUGGUCGAUGCGGCCUGUCGUGCGUGCGACGCCACUCAUGACGAGCGCACGUGCAAGACAGUGCUGGCGAUGUGGGAGGGCAAGCUCGUCCAGCCCAUGGUAACCAACCCACCGCGCAGCGUGUACGACGUCCGCGAAGUAUGCGCCCCCAUCUGCAACGACCACGGGAUGGCCAAGACCGGUCUCUAUCUCAACAUGCCGUCGAUCCAAGCUCAAUUGGGAGUCAAGAAGCCGUACACCUGGAACAACGGGACGGUCGCGAUGGAGUUCUCCGCUGAUACGGCCAUGUCGGUCACGCAUUUCUUCCCGCCCAUCCUAGCCAGCGGCGUCCGCGUCUUGCUAUAUGCUGGCGACGCCGACUUGAUGUGCAACUGGAUCGGAAUCGAAGUGUGGACGCGAGCGCUCGAGUGGCCUGGCCAUGCUGCGUACAAUGCCGCACCUGUGAACGAUUUGAUUGUGGGUGGAGAGAAGGCUGGCCAUGUCCAGUCGGCGGCCAACUUGACCUUUGUCCGUGUGUUCAACUCUGGCCAUGGCGUGCCUGUGGACCAACCCGUCGUUGGCCUCGCCCUCAUCGAUCGCUUCUUUCAAAACUUGAAUGUGGAUGAUGCGCAAGAGAAGCAAGUCGAACAGUGAUCCUUUUCCCCGUGUUCAUUGCAUCGGAGCGAUCUGUUCAUGAGGGACAGCUUUGGAUGGAUGCAGCGACGGGCACUGCUGCGACAGGACUGUGUCAACGACGAGUCUAUCAACCAAGUGACGGUGCCAGCAUUGGGUUUUGCCAGCCUAGGCCUCAAGGCCAUGUAGACAGCGCGCCCACACGCCAUUGCAGGGGGGGGCGCUCGGCCGAUUUCCUCCUUGACUCCGACGAGGUCCUUGUACAACGAUGCACUUGGACACCAUUCA